UUUUGCGUUUUUUGUUUCUUUGGGUGGAAAUGGGUACCUUUUUUGUGUGCUAAUAAGGGGAUGGCCCAUCACACAUGGUUGCAGGGGACAUCCCGUCGUUGCAAGCUGAUAGUAUAAACGCUUAUCCAUCUUGAUUGGACUUUCCUCGUCAUUUGGCAACACGAUUUGUCUUUGGAGCGAACGUUUUGCCCCUUAUUGCGUUGGAAUCCCAACGUGACGACAUGGCUACCCAUCCACCAUCAUCACCAGCACCUGGUUUUCGGGAAGCCGUCUUUUGGCUUCUGGUCUACUUUGCCUUGAAUCUCACCCUAACGAUAUACAAUAAAGUUGUCAUGCAAUUCUUCCACUUUCCGUUUCCGUGGACACUUACUGCGGUGCAUACGGCGUGCGGGACGAUUGGGUGUUAUUUGUGUGCGGGGACGGGGUAUUUUCUGCCUGCCAAACUGGGGCAGAGGGAAAAAUGGGUUAUGGUGCUUUUUUCGGUUCUUUAUACGUUGAAUAUUGCGGUUUCUAAUGUUUCGUUGAAUAUGGUUACUGUGCCGUUUCAUCAAGUCGUACGAUCGACAGUUCCCCUAUUUACGAUCCUCAUCUCAAUAAUCUUUCUCAAAAAAUCGUACUCUGGUGCCAUUUAUUUCACGCUACUUCCAACAAUUCUUGGCGUUUGCCUCGCAACGGUUGGAGACUACUACUUUACCUCGAUAGGAUUUAUUCUCACUCUACUGGGAACCGUUCUUGCGGCGCUUAAAACGAUUGUUACCAACCGCGUGCAGGUUGGGUCCCUCAAACUUCAUCCCCUCGAUCUCCUCAUGCGCAUGUCACCGUUGGCCCUACUCCAAACUAUGAUGUAUUCAUUUGUUACUGGGGAGAUGUCCCGCACCUUUGAAUUUUUCAAUCAGGGUGGAAUGACACCAGCGUUGAUGGUAGCAUUAUUUUUUAAUGGUGCCAUCGCGUUUGCGUUAAACUUUGCUAGCCUCACUGCGAAUAAAAAGACGAAUGCCUUGACCAUGGGUGUCGCUGGUAACGUCAAGCAAGUCUUAUCAAUCAUAUUAUCGGUUACUAUCUUCAAUCUUGAGAUUACUUCUAUGAACGCACUGGGCAUUCUAAUGACGCUAUUCGGUGGUGCCUGGUACACAUAUACGGACUACCAAUUGAAGCGAAAAAAGGAUGUAUCAAAUGAGGCCGAAUCAACCGCAAUGCUAUUAGAGGAGGGAAAUCGGCGCACCAGUUAGCAUUGCGGUUGCAGAACGGACACACUCUGCGGGACAGCCGUGUGUCCGUCACCUUCCUUAUGCCACACUCUUGUAAACUCUGCGUGUUCAAUAAUGAACAGCAUUUCGGAAGGACCGCAUGAGUUUUGGUUGAGUUAUUUAUGAAAAUGGACCGACUCGUUAUGUGAUGGCGACAACAUCCUUGCAAUGAGUCAAGGACCGUGCACUGGAAUGUCUACCGAAAUCUUUCAAACUCGGUAAUUUACGUGAGGGAACGAGUGAAAGUACCGAUUGGAUGUAUAUAGCAUACCAUAUACCGCGGUGCGGAAUGAAAGAGGGUCAAACCGCUAGGUCGUGAAUACUAGUAAGAUAUAGUCGUCGGUAGACGUGAUGAUUGUAAAUAACGGCCGGUCGGCCCCCUAUACAGUUUAUAGUACUUAAAAGUUCAGAUAUUUAAUAUAUUAUCGAUACUGCUUUUUAGGAGAUACACAUAGUCAGUCUAUGAAAUUAGUCGCUUUUUUCUAAUACCG